AUGUCCACUCUCCCAACUAUAGAAGACAUCAUAAAAUGGCCGGCACCCAACUACGUGAACCCCGAAACGCGUCGCCCGCUCGUAUUCGGUGUUGAGAUACCCUUGACGAUUCUGACCAUUGUAUUUACGGCCGGUCGAUUUUACAGCAGGACUAUCAUUGUGAGGGCGCUGGGAUGGGAUGACUGGUUUAUGCUCGCCGCCACGAUAAUAUCUACCGCGACAAAUAUCAUGAUAUGCAUCUCAACGCUUCCAGCAUAUCAGACAGGAUACCAUCUCUACGACUUGAGGCCUGAGAUCCUGGUCAAUCCCUAUCAAUCAGCUCAGAUGGCCAUGGCCUGUAUAUUUCCGAGCAGGUCGAAUAAGUGGUUUUGCUAUAUUCUCAUGGUAUACGAGGUCGGCUGGGGAAUCGCAGCAUUCUUCGCCACGCUAUUUCAGUGCAGUCCAAUUCAAAGCUAUUGGCUUAUCCAGUCCCCGGUCCGCAACUGCGGCAGCACGCCCGCGCUAUAUUACAGUACCUCUAGCCUAAAUAUCUUCACCGACUUCCUCAUCUUUCUGUGGCCUGCGAAAGACCUCGCAUCUGUCCAGAUCUCGGUCCGCCAACGCAUUACCUUGAUCACCAUGUUCUGUCUAGGCGUCAUCAUCUGUAUCGCUGGACUGCUACGCGUGUGGUAUGUUUCCAUAUACCUAAAAUCUUGGGACUUCCUCUGUUGCAAACCCCUUUUCACAAGGCUUUUCCCUUCCAUCUUUUCGCACUCAGCCAACUCGAAUUCGUAUUCGCGCUCUCGUAAUAAAACGCCGCAGCAUCCACCCAACAAAAGUGUCGACGGUCAAUCCUUCCCCUUCCAGAUCGUGAAGGAGGAAGGCUUUGAGGUCCGGUAUGGAAACAAUGACGACUUUGAUAGUCGCGGAAAUUCUAGUAAGAUGGGCACAAGCUCGACGACGACGGGGAAGCUGAGCAAGAGCAUCGACGAUGACGGCGCAAGUGAUGAUAGUAGAGAGUGGAUCAUGAUGCAGAAUAAUCCAGUCUCUAAAGUUAGUCCAGUGUAA